AUGCAAUGGAAUCGAAACUCUAUCGCCAAAGCAAGCGCCCCUCGCACCCACUCAGCCGCGCCCAGCAUACAUCGCCGUCCGGGCUCCGCCGCUCCCAGCUCUCCUUGCCCCACGGGUUCUCGGUGCCUCCGUCCCGCCCCUACCCUCCGGCCUCCACCCCUGACUCCCGCCGCUCUGUGGUCUCGGCCGCCACCCCCUCAAGCUCGCGCCCGGUCAAGAAAUACCAGCUCGAACGGUGGGCGGCGCCGCCUCACCCAGCGCGGUCGCUCCGCCUGUGCCAGAUGCCACAACGACGGCAAGCGGUGCGACAUUGCGUUCCCCCUAACCAAGCGUACUGUCGCCGACUACCUGGUAGGAGGCGGCAAAUGCCGGCUCUUCUUUAAGACCACCAACCAAAGUCAGAAGGACCAAGACCGCCAAGGAUCAAGACAUGGACGCCAGACCCAUCUGCUGGGUCCUCUGCUGAAAGUGGAAGGUUCCAAUGCUGCCACCACUGCCGCUUCAUAG